UGCAAUCGAUGGCUCAGGUUGGCGGCGCGGGGAGCGGCCAGGGGCUCGCCGGCGCGCACGCCCCGGAGCCAUGAACGACUUUGACGAGUGCGGCCCGAGCGCAGCCAGCAUGUACCUGCCCGGCUGCGCCUACUAUGUGGCCCCGUCGGACUUCGCGAGCAAGCCGUCGUUCCUGUCGCAACCGUCGUCCUGCCAGAUGACUUUCCCCUACUCUUCCAACCUGGCGCCGCACGUCCAGCCCGUGCGUGAAGUGGCCUUCCGCGAUUACGGCCUGGAGCGCGCCAAGUGGCCGUACCGUGGUGGUGGAGGCGGCGGAGCUGGGGGCGGUGGCGGCGGGGGCGGCCCGGGCGGGGGCGGCGGCGGCAACGCAGGGGGCUACGCUCCCUACUACGCGGCGGCGGCAGCGGCAGCGGCGGCGGCAGCGGCGGCCGAGGAGGCAGCCAUGCAGCGCGAGCUGCUCCCGCCCGCGGGCCGCCGGCCGGACGUGCUCUUCAAGGCGCCCGAGCCGGUGUGCGCCGCGCCGGGGCCGCCGCACGGCCCCGCGGGCGCCGCCUCCAACUUCUACAGCGCCGUGGGCCGCAACGGCAUCCUGCCGCAGGGCUUCGACCAGUUCUACGAGGCCGCGCCCGGGCCCCCGUUCGCCGGGCCGCAGCCCCCUCCGCCGCCCGCGCCGCUGCAGCCCGAGGGCGCUGGCGAUAAGGGCGACCCCAAGACGGGGACCAGUGGCGGCGGGGGCAGUCCGUGCACCAAGGCGACCCCCGGCUCGGAGCCGAAGGGGGCGGCAGAAGGCGGCGGUGCAGACCGCGAGGGGCUCCCGGGGGAGGCGGGGGCUGAGAAGAGCGGCGGCACAGUGGCCCCCCAGCGGUCCCGGAAAAAGCGCUGUCCGUACACCAAGUACCAGAUCCGCGAACUGGAACGCGAGUUUUUCUUUAACGUGUACAUAAACAAAGAGAAAAGACUCCAACUCUCUCGGAUGCUCAACCUCACUGACCGGCAAGUCAAAAUUUGGUUCCAGAAUCGCAGGAUGAAGGAAAAGAAACUGAACAGAGACCGUCUGCAGUAUUUCACUGGAAAUCCCUUAUUUUGAGAGCUCCAGGAAGCACCCCUCUCCCCUGAGCCCCACUCACUCACCCUCCUCCCCACCAGCCUGCCUUCGGCAGGCCCAAUGUCCUUGGGUUUAAUGACGCCUCUUCUCUGUGGAACUCCACCAUUCCUUCCCACGGUCAACUCGGGACCUCCCAGCGACCACUGCAGCCUGCGGAUGAGGCCGGGGACUUGGCCGAACGGAUCCUAAUAAGGGGAAAAUGGUAAAUGCAAACGUCCCUUUACAAUUUUACCGCCAGUGUGCUGUUGUUCUCCCUCCCUCUCUCCAGGUCUGCGUGGGGACGCUGUGGGAUCUGUAGAGAGUUAGGCCGGCGUGCAAGGCACUUGUUUUUGUUCUGAGUUUAAGGGACCCUGCCCUUCCCACUUGGUGAACGCAGAUUAUUUAAAAUCUGGGAAAUGUACCUUUGGUUUGUCGUAUCAAGGCAUGAGUCACUGUCUUGUGUGUGAAUAAAUGGUUUCUAGUAAAAUGGAGGUUACAGCUUCAAUACACUGUAUGAAUUUUCCUCUUUGAAUAAGUUUAGUGUCUAAUUAGGAUAUUUUAGUGACCAAAAUCUUCACCCCCAUGCAACUGAAAAUCAAGUGAAAUGCUUUUUA